AUGCUGUACCUCGAGGAUUAUCUAGAAAUGAUCGAGCAUUUACCUCAAGAAUUAAGAGACAGAUUCACAGAAAUGCGAGAAAUGGAUUUAUCUGUCCAAAAUAAUAUGGAUACCUUAGAAAAACGAGUGCGUACUUUAUUCGGUGGUUGCCGAAGAGGUGAAAUUAACACGGACCAAGCCAAUACUGAGUUUUCAGAUAUCAAACGUGGUUAUAAUAAAACUUUAGAAGAAGCUGAUGAAAAGGUCACUUUAGCAAAUCAAAUGUAUGACUUAGUUGACAGAUAUUUACGGAGACUAGACACAGAACUGCAUAAAUUCAAAUGUGAACUGGAAGCAGAUAAUAAGGGAAUUACAGAAUUGUUAGAAAAACGAUCACUUGAUCUCGAUUCCAACACAAACCAUACAAGCACCACCAAUAUCCAUUAUAAAGAUAACAGGUAUCGGAUUCGCGCGGAGAAGCGGCGCGACAGCUGGGCGCCGCCGGCCAACGGCACGGCUUCUAGAAAUGAGCCUGCUCUGCCGGCGGCGUACGCGCUGGGGCACGCGGGCAGCGCCAUCGCCGCGGCCGCCAGCCAGGCCAUCGCCGCCACACAGCAGAUGCAGCAGGGCCGGCGCUCGGCGUCGCUGAAGGCGUCGUACGAGGCGGUGGCGGGCGAGCUGCAGCACACACACGCGCACACACACGCGCACGCGCACGACCACGGUCCGGGCGCGCCGCCGGCGCCGGGCGCCGCGCACGCGCACUCCGCCGUCUCGGCGAGUACUAACAAACGACAAAAUAAACAAAAAAAAAGUGCAUACAGCUCAUCGAGCAACGUGUCGUCGCUGCACUCUCAGCAGUCCGUGUCGGCGGCCGCCAGCCGCUCGUCCUCGCCCACCGUUGGUGCGAUAAACACCGUGGUGAACAAUGUGGCGAUCGAAGAGCCCAUGGAAGAAGAAUGGACGUACGAUCCGAACGAGCCGAGAUACUGCAUUUGCAACCAAGUAUCUUAUGGGGACAUGGUCGCUUGUGACAAUCAGGAUUGUCCGUACGAGUGGUUCCACUACCCGUGCGUGGGCAUCACGGCGCCGCCCAAGGGCAAGUGGUACUGCCCGCAGUGCCACGCCAACGUGCGCCGCAGCCGCGCUCACCGCAAGAAC